CGUCUCCUGUCUGUCACUUUCGGAUCUGGUAAGAAAAAAAAAAUCUGUUUUUAUGACAGAGUUCAGGCAAAUAUGUGAGUGAAUUUAAGCACUGGAGCAGCUAAAAACAGCAGAAAUAAGUAAAUGAUGAUGAGGCUCCCACAUGGAGGCUGAGUGUGAUCAGGUCCAGAGUGGUCAUGAGGAGGAACCAGGAGCUGAGGAUGAAGCCAUGCUGUGGUCCAUCCAGGAGGCUCUGGAGAGGCAGACGCUGCAGAUCGGAGCGUCCGCCUGCGGGGCCACAGCGGUGGUGGACGUCCUGAAGGCCCUCGGCUUGGACGUUUCCCCGGAGGAGACCGACCGCUGCGUCCAGACUUGCCUGAGGAGGAACGAGUCGCCGCUGCCCGACUACCUGCUGUCCAGGAGCGAAGCCGGUGCGACUCAUGCUCAGCUCAUCCAGGGAGCAGAGGAAGCCAGUGAAGGGAAGGUCGUGGGUCGCUUCUUCCACCUUCACCCUCGCCGGCGGGUCCGACUGGUCGCCUGGCUCGCUGGCUGGAUCCGAAAAGGCGCCGUCCCCGUGGCGACCAUGAACAUGCAGCUGGCUGUUCCCGACGGCGAGGAGGUUCCUGACGCCUGGCACCAUCAGCUCAUAUUCGGAGUCGCGCCUAAAGCUGUUUUUAUGACCAACCCUUUAGAUGUAGUAAGCGAGGCGGAGGUGCACCAGCGAGUCUGCAGUGAGUCUGUGUUGCUGAUUCGUCGAGAAGACGUGAUGCAGCGAUUGACACCUGACUGCUGUCUGACCGACCUCUCUAAGAGUCAGUCGGACCCUCGGUGGAAAGCUCUGGAUGUUGAAGGUCAAGUGAGACAGAUGACUCUAGAAGGAGAACAGGAAUCGGAUGGACCUAAGAUGACGCACGUUACAAUCCCCGCAGCGUACAGUUCAGGCGUCACACUCUUCGCCUUACGACAGUCAGAGUUGGGACAAGAACUCCUCGGUGCUCCCGAUCUUCCUUUGUUGUGAAGCACUGCCACACACGGACCUGAGACUUGAAGCUCGAACACUUAUUUAUUGCGAUAGAAGAAAUGAAACUUCAUUGGAAUCCGCAGAUAUCAAUCUAAGCUCAGUGAAGCAGGAUGAAAAGGCAUCAACCACAACACCGUGGAACAGUACAGACAGUAGCUGCUUAAUGAUGUGUCACGACUUUGAGAAGCUGUUCGUUUUUAUGUACAGCACUGAUAUAGAAUCAUAUUUUAAGCCAUAAAUGACUUUGCCAAUGA